CACACGAAAAUUAAACACAGAAAACAAAAGAAGCAGAAGAGAUACAGUAUAGAAGACAACAACAAUGGCUUCCUCGAUCUUAAUGUCCUUUGCUCCGGCCACCGUGAGAUGCUUCGCCACGGGAGCUAAAGGAACCACCAACAACACCACUACCAAGAAAGAAGAGAAGAGUAUCAUCGACUUCGUUCUUGGCAGUUUGACGAAGCAAGAUCAGUUUUACGAGACCGAUCCUCUACUCAAGAAGGUGGACGAUAAAAAAGGAACCACCGGAGGUAACGGUGGCCGUAUAACGGUUUCAGGCGGAAAGAACUCGGUGGCAGUGCCACAGAACAAGAAUGGUGGUGGCUUCGGUGGUCUCUUUGCUAAGAAAUGAAAUUUUUUUUUAGUAAAAUACAUGUGUGUAAUCUGUGUACUUUGCAUUUCGAAAGUCUAAUUGUUAGAGUCUUCGUACAUUGAUGAUAAUAAGAAACUUCAAGUUUCUUGAAAA